AUGGCAGACCUCGAAAAGACGGCGUCGGUCCCGGCGCUCGCAGUCGAAAACGACGCAGAAAUCGGCCGCAUUGCGACCAACCCGCCGCCGAAGGGCAGCCAUUCGGGCCUCAAGCACGCAGACACGAACAAUGCCGACGCGGCCCUCCUCUUCUCCCAGGCACACGCCGCCGACGCGGUCGUGAUGACGCCGGAACAGGAACGCCGUCUGCUGCGCAAGAUUGACUGGAACUUGAUGCCGCUGCUGUGUAUAGUCUACGGCCUCAACUUCCUCGACAAGACAACCGUGUCGUACGCUUCGGUGAUGGGGUUCAAGGACGACGUUCAUCUCAUCAACCAGGAUUACUCCUGGGUGGCCAGCAUGUUCUACUUUGGCUACCUCGCCUGGGAGUGGCCAACAAACUACCUCCUGCAGCGGCUGCCGCUGGCCAAGUGGUCGGCUGCCAACGUCAUCGCGUGGGGCAUCGUGUUGUGCUGCAUGGCCGCCGUCAACAGCUUUGCGAGUGCCAUGGCCGUGCGGUUCCUGUUGGGCGUGUUUGAGGCGGCCGUCAGCCCCGGGUUUGCACUCUUCACGUCGCAGUGGUACACAGUGAACGAGCAGGGCUCCCGCGUCGGCAUCUGGUUCUCCUUCAACGGCGUUGGGCAGAUUGUCGGCGGUUUCGUCGCGUACGGCAUUGCCGUCGGCACGAAAAGUCAUCCUCUGGCGGGCGGCAACUUGCACUCGUGGCAGCUGCUGUUCUUGGUCAUUGGUCUUUUCACGGCCGCGAUCGGCAUUGUCUUUCUUUGGAUCAUGCCCGACAACCAAAUGAAUGCGCGGUUCCUGACCGAGGAGGAGCGCAUGCAGGCGAUUGAGCGCAUCCGGGUCAACCAGCAGGGCGUCGGCAACAAAAACUUCAAGUUGUACCAGCUCAAGGAGGCGCUGACGGACCCGGUGGUGUGGGCGCUCGUGUUUUAUGGUCUGGUGGCCGACAUCCCCAACGGCGGCAUCACCAACUUCUUUUCGCAGCUCGUUGUGUCGUUUGGCUUUACAAACGAGCAGUCCCUGCUGCUGAGCGCCCCCGCCGGCCUGAUCGAGGCGGCUGCACCGGCUGGCUGUGGCAUUCUGGGCGACCGCCUUCGGAACCGGCUGCUGGUCAGCAUUGCGGGUGUGGCGGCGUCGUUUAUCGGCAUGCUGCUGGUGGCGGUGCUCAACAACUCGCCGGGGCAGCGCAUCGGCCGCCUGAUCGGAUGCCUUUUGAUGCAGAUGAGCCCGACGUCGUUUGUGGCGCUGUUGUCCCUGAUUGCGACCAACAUUGCGGGCUGGACAAAGAAGACGACGGUGGCGGCCAUGUACCUGAUUGCGUACUGCGUGGGCAACAUUAUCGGUCCGCAGGUGUUCCGGGCCAAGGACGCGCCCGACUAUCGGCCGGCAGAGAUUACGAUCCUGGUGUGCUACGCGCUGUGUAUUGUGGACGUCUUGUUUAUCUACUUUUGGUGGCGGCGGCAGAACGCGCUCAAGGUGCAGGCGCGAGCCGCGCCGGGUUACCGCAAGGUGAUGGGGCAGGAGUUUUACGACCUGACCGACCGUGAGAACCCAGAGUUCAACUAUGCUCUGUAG